AUUACAAGAGAGCAAGCGCAGCUGAGCCCUCUAGCUCCUGCCUCUCCAGACACACACAGCUGCUGCUGUCGAAGCUCGAUCUCUUUCUCCGACGAUCCGGAUCGAAGUAGCUAGCUAGCGGCCGAUCCAUCGAUCGACGUGCUUGCCGCCUCUCUGGUACAACGUAGAGAGAAAGAUCCGAUAGAGACGAUGGCCGCCGCGACUGUGACCGUCGAGGAGGUGAGGAAGGCGCAGCGCGCGACGGGCCCGGCCACCGUGCUGGCGAUCGGGACGGCGACGCCGGCCAACUGCGUGCACCAGGCCGACUACCCGGACUACUACUUCCGGAUCACAAAGAGCGAGCACAUGACCGAACUCAAGGAGAAGUUCAAGAGGAUGUGCGACAAGUCGCAGAUCCGGAAGCGGUACAUGCACCUGACGGAGGAGUACCUGGCGGAGAACCCCAACAUGUGCGCGUACAUGGCGCCGUCGCUGGACGCCCGCCAGGACAUCGUGGUGGUGGAGGUGCCCAAGCUAGGCAAGGCCGCGGCGCAGAAGGCGAUCAAGGAGUGGGGGCAGCCGAAAUCCAAGAUCACUCACCUCGUCUUCUGCACCACCUCCGGCGUCGACAUGCCGGGCGCCGACUACCAGCUCACCAAGAUGCUGGGCCUGCGGCCCUCGGUCAACCGCCUGAUGAUGUACCAGCAGGGGUGCUUCGCGGGCGGCACGGUGCUGCGCGUGGCCAAGGACCUCGCCGAGAACAACCGUGGGGCGCGCGUCCUGGUGGUGUGCUCCGAGAUCACCGCCGUCACGUUCCGUGGACCCUCCGAGUCCCACCUCGACUCCAUGGUUGGCCAAGCGCUGUUCGGCGACGGUGCUGCGGCGGUUAUUGUGGGAGCUGACCCUGACGAGCGCGUGGAGCGCCCGCUGUUCCAGCUCGUGUCGGCGUCGCAGACAAUCCUGCCGGACUCCGAGGGCGCCAUCGACGGCCACCUCCGUGAGGUCGGGCUCACGUUCCACCUGCUCAAGGACGUGCCCGGGCUCAUCUCCAAAAACAUAGAGCGCUCGCUGGAGGAGGCGUUCAAGCCGCUGGGGAUCACCGACUACAACUCCAUCUUCUGGGUGGCGCACCCUGGCGGGCCAGCAAUCCUGGACCAGGUGGAGGCCAAGGUCGGGCUAGAGAAGGAGCGGAUGCGUGCCACGCGCCAUGUCCUGUCCGAGUACGGCAACAUGUCUAGUGCGUGCGUGCUCUUCAUCCUCGACGAGAUGCGCAAACGCUCCGCCGAGGACGGCCAGGCAACCACCGGCGAAGGCUUCGACUGGGGCGUGCUCUUCGGCUUCGGUCCUGGGCUCACCGUCGAGACCGUCGUGCUCCACAGCGUCCCCAUCACCACCGGAGCGGCCAUCACCGCGUGAGAUGAAGUACCACGCCGCGCGCACCGCACCUCGCUCGGUCUCCAUGAAUCCCUCCUCUCCACAACCACCAGUCGUCGAUCGUUCGUGAUUAUUUGCCUCGUAACGCAAAUAAUGUGCUCUGUAUUGUCUGCAUAAUUGCCGUGUAUCGUAGUAGCUGCUAUUAUUUUCCAUGUACUGUUGCCAGUCGCACAAUGUGAACAUGCAUGUAAGCCCUGGUAGUAGAACCUUAAUUUUAAGGGCGAGCUAGCUCACGGAUAAAAGACCGUUGUUAUUAAUUGUCACUAGCUACUUUAGCAUGGAUGGUGAGGUAUUGUAUACCUGUGUAAGACAAGCUUGGCUGGUUUUUAAUAUUUUAAUUUGUUUAUUAGUUUGCUCAGAAUAAAACAAUUAAGAAGAGCUGUAAUGUGGUGAUGAUGAGCAAAAUUGGCUGCCAUUUUAUUUUU